AGAUCAAGGGGUGCGGGCCGCGCCAGCGCUGGGAUGGCCGGGCCGCAGGGCCGGAGCCGCGGGGUGACGUGCCUGCAGCGCGCCGCCGCGCUCUGGCUGCUCCUGCUCUGCGGGGCGCUCCUCGCCGCCUCCCGCCUCCUGGGCGCCCCCCGCGCCCGGCCGCCGGAGCCCGGCGGCGCGCAGGCGGCGGUUAAGGCGCGCGGGCGGCCAGCCCCCCGCGCGCCGCUGAGCCGGCCGGCGCCGGCGGCCAGCCCGCGGCACCGCCGGCCGCGGCUGGGCCCGCGGGCGCCAGCGAGCAGAUGGCGGCGUCGGCCGCGGCCUGGGACACAUCGACGACGCUGUGCCCCAAGUUUCCUGAAGAACCUGGCGCUGGGCUGCAGUACGGCUUCCUGCCAAAGGCGGUCCGGGGCGUGACCAUCCUGAUGUCUCUAGGACUGUGCAGGUGGCGCGUGGAUGACAGCAAGCUGAAGUCUGGCAUGGAGUCCGUUGCUUACAGGAAGAGCAAGAACAUGGAUGACAAGCUCGUCGGGGUGCACGCCCUGUUUGGAGAGGAAGUCGAAGGAGUCGACGAGGGAGACGACUGGGUGAAGUUCAGAUUCAAAGAGGUACGCUCUUGGGCCGAGCCGUCGCACGACUCGGCCUCCGUUAUUGCCCCAACUGUCACUAAGAUCACCGCGGACGGCUGAAUGGCGGCCCCUUACAGUUGGCUGCAGACUGCCCGCAUGGAAAAACAACGACCACCUCUAAUCAUUUAAGAUCCUUCGAGCAUGUGCUUCGCGUCAUAUGCUGUAACCUCUCGGCUCUACUUGAUUAUGCAAGCGACCGC